AUGGUGAAAAACUUGAAGAGGGCCAAGCGGCAGCUGGACAAGGAGGGCCGCGGGCGAGAAAUGGACUUCUUCCCACAGACGUACACCCUGCCGCAGGAGUACGGCCUGUUUGCGGAGGAGUUCAGGAGGAGCGGCGGGACGUGGAUCAUGAAGCCCUGCGGCAGGGCCCAGGGGAAAGGAAUCUUCCUCCUUGACAAACUAAGCCAGGUCAACAAGUGGAGGAAGGAGAUGGAAGAGAAGGAGAAGGUGGAGGCUUGGCGGGACAUCUACGUGGUGUCGCGCUACCUGGACAACCCGCUGCUCAUCGGCGGCCGGAAGUUCGACAUCCGCAUAUACGCCCUGGUGCUGAGCUUCAGCCCCCUCCUGUCCCGCGACAACAUCAAGGACGUGUACAUGCACCUGACCAACGUCUCCAUACAGAAGAAGGCGGACAGCUACGACCGCAAGACGGGCAUGAAGUGGCCGCUGCGCAGCCUGAAGAUGUACGUGGCCACGAGGUGGGGCCCGGAGCGCGCCAGCCGUCUGUUUGAGGACAUUCAAGGGAUCGUCAUCAGGUCCCUGCUGGCGGUGCAGCACGUCGUGACGCAGGACAAGCACUGCUUCGAGGUGUACGGCUACGACAUUCUCGUGGGCGCCGACCUCAAGCCCUGGCUCAUCGAGGUGAACGCAUCUCCCAGCUUCAUGACGGACACCGCCGCGGACUUCAAGCUCAAGUACCACCUCGUGAGCGACGCGAUGACCAUCGUGGACGUCGAGGGGAAGUUCAACGGAAACGCGCCAGCCAGCCUCGGGGGGUGCGGCAUAUGGGUUUGCAUUGCUGUUCUUCUGGUUUAUGCCAGCAAUGUUAUUCCACAGUGGCAUGUGUGCGGCGUGUGCGUGCGUGAUUGGAACAGGUCUUAG